UACGUGAAUCUGACUUGCCUGCCUUCGCACCUGCGCACCGCCAGGACCACCAUCUGGGUACUUCUCCCCGGCAACGCCAUCGCAGUCCUCGUCACGCUCGCUGCUCUCCUCGCGCAGAGCUUCGCUGAGCACCACGACUACUACUCGUGGCUCCUCAUCUGCAUGUCAAAGGUGCAUGCCCUCGCCAUCCUAGUCUGCCUCAAUUUGCGCGAUGAUGAGCAAGCGUAUCCUGCCAAGCAUGGACCGCAGGUGAAGACGUUGCUGAUGACGCGCGAGUAGCACGCGUGGUACGUGGGAUGCUGCUGCUGCUGACCCAUGCUUCCUUGCCCGCGCGCUCUCACAGGCCCAGACAAUAUGCCUCCGCCUAUCCUCAUCAAGGAGCACGGUGGUGGCGGCGACUCAGACUCCACCUCGCUACGACGAGUCUCUGAUUCCUCACCUACCUCGUGCACCUCGACCGGUUCUUCGACCUCCGGAGCAACCACCGUCGUCUCUACCUCGCAAUACACACGCCACCCUCUGCACAUCGACACGGACGACAAGGUGCUGCGAGCCCGCAACCACCGCCACCGUGAGCGCUCGUACCGCGGCGUGCUCCCCGUCUACUCGAUGUCGACGAUGGACUCUCAGGCGAGCAGCAGCGGUCACGGCCACGGCCACCCCGCCCUCCCUCUCUACAGCAAAACGGUUAGCCCGACAUUCGCUCAAGUUACGCACGGAUCCUCGCCUUCACCUGCCCGCUCGAUGCGACGCCCUUCCAGCUUCUUGGACAUGCACCAGGAUUACGUCGAGGGCAGAAGUCCGGCGUCGUCGAGCCAUAGCGACGAUACGCUGCCGGUGGGCAACAUCUCGACGACUGCGAUGGGCGAAGGGUCUUGCGACUCGUCUUACUCCAAGGUGCGAUCCCCCUAUAAGGCACACAACGGCCCGCAAGUGUAUGCCCCGACUCCCCAGCAUCCCGCGCAGCCUUGGUUCGACGGCAGUGAGGCGGGUUCAGUGACGAGCAGCAGAUCGUCUACUCGACGUGACCUCGUUGAUCCAUGGAGGGACGCUGCGGCUCCCGCUGACUACGAGAGGCAGAGGGCGAGUGCGACGCGGACUCAAGCUCAAUAUCCGCCACCGCCCCUCCGUCGAGCCACUCAUAAUUCCCCUUUGCCUUCCUCUCGUCGACCUCAAUGGAUCUAAGCGCACUAAUCGCGCGGCUAGAAUUGGACUCCAAGCCAAGCAGCUCUCGACGCCUCCCGCCUCUUUGUUCCCCAUCGUCACCUUCUUUGUCUCUACCGCGGCGGUAUGAUCUCCUCCUUCUCCGUAAAUUCAGGUGACCAUGAUCUCUUCUCGAUGCGAUUGAAGUCCCUUGUCUCGCUGCUCGCUGUGGUUUGCGGCGCACGACGCCUGAUGCGCUCAUCCAGAGCAAUGAUGAGCGGGCCAAUGUCGCGGUAGUGAGCGGCCCCCCACCCCUCGCUCGCUCGCUCAUUUGUUCCAUUCUAUUGGCCGGCGUCUGCAUCGCU